UUAAGUAUAGUUCGUAGUGCUCAAAACUGCUUUCCUCUGUGCAGUAUCUGGUUGGACACAGGCCAAGUUAAUCGCUAAGCUUUUAUUCAGUUUGGUGAAUAAACCUCGGUAACCUUGGUACAACGUGGCACACCUGAAUUAAGCGUUUUAUUGCACUUUGUUUUUUCAUUUGUUUUGGUUAUGUUGACAUAGUUUGUGAAAUAUUAAAAUUUGAAAAGUAGGCGGUUUUUCUUAACAUUUUAAGGAUGGCUGCAGAAUACGUUCUGGAAUUAAAGAACAUAUUUUAUACUGGACAGGUUGAACCGGGAACAUGUUUCCAAAGGAUAAUGGGAAGCCUUAAAACAGGGGUAAUUUUAAAAGAUGUGUCGUUAACAGUCCAGUCAGGAGAAGUAUUGGCUAUUUUAGGUUCAAAAGGAAGCGGCAAAAAGGCACUACUCGACGUGAUAUCCCGUCGCAUACAAGGCCCCAUAAGAGGACAAAUUUUACUUAACAACCAGCCGAUGAGUUUGUCGGUAUUCCAGCAAAGAUGUGGAUACGUAACUCACAAGUGCGAUUUCAUACCUGGCUUAACAGUAGAAGAAACGUUGUAUUACAUUCCAACGAAGACUAGUGCAUACAAUAAAAAAUCGAGAGUAAAACAAGUAAUGGCUGAUUUAGCUUUAUCUCAAACUGCUAAUCGUUGUGUGGAAAACUUAUCAAAGAGCGAAUAUAGACGGUUAACUAUUGGUGUCCAACUUAUAAAAGAACCGAUAAUCCUUCUUCUUGAUGAACCAACAUGGGAUUUGGAUCCUUUGAACACAUACCUUGUUAUAUCAAUCCUGUCGAACGUAUCAAAGAAGUACGGAACUGCCGUCAUACUGACGAUGGAAAAACCGCGAUCGGACGUGUUUCCGUUUUUAGAAAAAGUCUUGUAUCUUUGUCUAGGAGAUAUAGUUUAUGCUGGCGGAACGCGACAAAUGUUGGAUUACUUCAACGCCAUUGGUUUCCCGUGUCCUCAUCUUGAAAACCCUUUAAUGUAUUAUUUGUGUUUAUCCACUGUCGAUAGAAGGUCUAGGGAGCGAUUUAUUGAAAGUAAUUAUCAAAUAGCUGCUCUCGUAGAAAAGUUUAAGAUAGAAGGUCCUGCUUUUCAAAAGGAAUCGAUACCAGAGGGAAAUCAUAAUGAUGUAAUUAGUCAUAAUAGCAAAAUACCUCUCCUACAGGAGCGAGUUUCUGUUUUCAAAACAGCUUGGGUUUUAUACACGAGAUUAUUGAUGGCGACUUUCAGUUUUCGUUUAGCAGGAUUAAAACAGAUAUUUUUAAGGCUCAUAUUCGUACCACUAUAUUUCUUACUAUUGUGGGCAUUUUACAAAGACAUGUCUAAUUAUCAACAUACUUUUGUAACUAGAAGCGGCUUUAUAUUGAACUCUUUGGCAGUAUCAUGCUUUCUAGGAAUUGUUAACACUGUCAUUAUUUUUCCAGUAUAUCGGACAAGGUACUAUCAGGAAACACAAGAAGGACUCUACGGUGGUUGUAUAUUUCUGAUUACGUACAACUUCCUCUCGAUACCAUUUUCAUUUUUCUCUUUAAUAGCGGCAAGUGCAAUUAUAUAUCCUUUAAUUGGAUCAUUUAACGAGCCAAUGGAAUUUAUAUAUUUUAGCCUUAUUCUUUGGGCAUGUUAUAUUUUUGCCGAACAACAAACAAUAUCAAUUUUAAUGAUAGUAAAAGACUAUUUAACAGGAGCUAUUUGCAGUACCUAUAUUACAUGCGUUUGUCUCGCCCUUAGUAGUGGAAUUCUGAGGUCAAUAAAAGGGCUCCAAGACUGGUUAUAUUACCUAACUUAUGCAACUCAGUUGAGAUACGCUGCCGCUUACUUGAACAGACAAAUAUUUUUGCAUACAGAUCUUCACAAUCCAUUGCCGUUUGAUUACAGUCACAACUGUUCAAAAACGACAAUGAUAGAGACUUCAAAUUUCAACGGCCCUACAAAUAUGUAUUGUAGGUACGCUAAUGGACAAUCGUUUCUUACAGAAAGGUACACCAGGGAAAACACUGACGUAAUUUUUAGCGGUAUUUUGGAGUCUGAUUUUAAUUUAAGCAUUACAUUCGCUUUUGCACUCGGAAUAAUUGUUUUUAAUCUGUUUUUAUAUAUGAUUCCUUUACCUGCUUUUCUUAAAGCGAAAUUCAGAGAUUAAGGAUAAUGGUAAUAAUCGUCCCUAAAUUAUUUAUACAAUUACACUUAAUAAUAUUGUUUAUGAACAUUGAUGAACGGUGUGCAUAUUUUGCAUCAAUACUCAAAAAUUUUAAUCAUAACUGUCGGUACCCUUUUGGAGUACUUAUUGAGGGUAUACAAUUGAGGAUUUGUAAUGGAGUGAAUUGUACCUUUUUUGGAUCCACUGCAAUUUGAAAAAUUGGGCAUGAAAAUAUUUAUUUAAAAAAUUUGGUGAUUAAAAUAUGUCUUAAGAAGAAGUGAAAACAUCUGAUGGGCACAGGCAAUAUUUAUACAGAAAGUACAGAGUUUUCCUUA